CGGAGGAAACAUGGCGGCGCACAUAACCAGAGCGUUGAGACGACCUGUUCCACAGGAGAGCGGUUGGCUCCUGCCCAUAGCCUGGCAGUUGUAUACCAAAGCAUGGCGUCAUCACCAUCACUCUGCAGGCCCCUCGCUGCGCUACAUACCCCGCAGGGCGGUUCUCUACUGCCCUGGCAACGAUGAGCGAAAAUUGAGGAAACUAGCCUCGCUGGAUGUCGACUGUGCUGUCUUGGACUGCGAGGAUGGUGUAGCCCUCAGCAAAAAGACAGAGGCCAGAGAGACCAUUCCCAGGAUGUUAGUGGAACUGGAUCUGGGCCGGACAGAGAAGUGUGUGAGGGUGAACUCAGUGUCCAGUGGCUUAGCUGAAGCUGACCUGCAGGUCAUCCUGCAGGCUGAGGUUCUCCCUCCUGCCAUCAUGUUACCCAAAGUAGAAGACACACAGGAGGUGCUAUGGUUUGUUGACAGGUUUCAGCACAACUUGAAAGGACAGCCACUGACAGAACCCAUUCGCCUGAUCACCUUUGUGGAAACCGCUGUGGGCCUGCUCAAUUUUAAGGCGGUGUGUGAGGAAAUCCGUCGCCUUGCUCCCAGGGUUGGCCUUCACCAUGACGGUGUGGUGUUUGGCUCUGAUGACUUCUGUGCCAGCAUAGGUGCCACACGGACUAAGGAUGCCAGGGAGCUCCUCUACGCCAGGCAGAAGGUGGUUGUGACCACCAAAGCAUUUGGACUGCAGGCUAUUGACCUGGUCUACAUUGACUACAAAGACGUGGAGGGGUUGAGGAGGCAGGCCAGAGAGGGAGCUCUCAUGGGCUUUACAGGUAAGCAGGUUAUCCACCCAGGGCAAAUCCAGGCUGUACAGGAAGAGUUCUCCCCCAGUCAGGAGAGGGUCCAGUGGGCCAAAGAACUCAUUGCUGCUUUUGACCAUCAUCAGAAGGAAGGCAAGGGUGCAUUCACCUUCCGCGGCAGCAUGAUUGACAUGCCCUCACUGAAGCAGGCACAGAACAUCUUAACACUCUCCACCGCGGUGCCAGAGAAAUAACACGAAUCAGGAGACAAAACGGGAGGAACCACGUGACAAAGGGAACUGAAAAUGUUGCAGGUCUCAUGACAAAAAGUAGGACUUCAAACUUCAAAUUAACUUUUCUGCCUGACAUAAGAGAACGGAGGAAAUUUUGGUUUUAAUUCAAGCUUUUAGUAAUUGUCAAAGUGUUUUCAUUAAAUGCAUUUUCAUUAUGGCAGUUUUACUUUUGCUGCUGAGGGCCAGUUUACAUUAUGACUGUACCCUGGGAUGUGUUCAGCAACACAAACUGUGCACAUAGUGAGUAACAGCAAACCUUUGGAGCCGGAUGUCGAGGAUUAUUGGCCUGUGUGGGCACUUUCUUGGCACUCUCUGCAGUGUGUGUGCCAUCGUGUCACUCUCCAGUGUGUCUGCCCAUGCCUCCCAUCUCUCCUAGGUCAUGAUGAAUGCUCUCGCAUCUCCACGGUCCAGGCAGCUGGGCGAAAGGGUAAACAAACACAACAAGCCACUGUUGUGGAUCUAUUCAUUGGGCCCCAGUCUUCCAGUCAGGCCUCAGCCCCCUGCCCAGGGCCUGACUCACAAACAUCAAAGUCCCGCUUGCUGAAAAAAAAAAAAACCCACAGAUGGAAGUGCGUAAACUCACGAUUUAGCUUUUUUGUGUGGGUUUCCUUAGUAAAGACACGCAGCUCACUCUGUGGCAGCUGUGAGCCUGUGGUCUUGA